GAUGCAACAAGCUCUCCAAGACCAGCUCCAACUUCCAAGCAAAAGUUCAUCCAAACGAAAGUUUAAAUAAUGAAUAAAGAAAGAUUUAGAAGAGCUGUAAAGGUUCCUUAAAAUCUAAAGAAGUGUUUGGUUCAGUUCUGCCAGGAUUGGUUUAUUGACUGGUUUUAUUCUCUGGUUUGUUUCUUUCUUAAUCUUAUCCUGGGUAACUUUAAACUUGUGAGUAUUACGUGUAUCCAGUGUGAAAUAAUUAACUUUUACAUUAUUAAAUAAUGCAACAGUCAUCAAUCAACACCAUUACCAUCAGCCAGUGUAGUGCGUGUGCUUAUAAAGCACAUGUACCUAAACCUGUUUAUACUAUUGUGGGUUGCAUGCACUAAUAAAACUAUCAUUAAUGUAUGUUACCAUUGCCAUGUCCCUUUCAUGUUCCAAGUAACAUUGUGGUUACUUGAUCUUGUAACCAACUUAUUGCGAAGAAUAUAUCUUGGCAACAAGCUGCUUGGUUGCUGGCAACAAGUUGUCUCGUGUACGAACUAUGAAGGCCUUAAACCAUAAUAUCAUGUGUCAGUAUUAAAAUCAGAGAAAGGAUAGCUACAGCAGGAAUAUUUGACUCUCAUUUUGAUCCUCCAGUACAUGUAUGUUAAAGUUUGAAAGAUUUCCUUGUCCAUUGUGUAGUUUGACGGGCUAUGAACUAGCUACGGAGCAAGUGUCUACCUUUGAUCUCUGCAUUGGAUUUUCACUUUAAUACAUGUACAAUUUAUUUUGUAUUUCUUAAUAUUCAUGACUGCAUAUGCAGCACCCUCUAGAGUCUAGUAAAAUGAAUUCAUUGCCAAAUAAAAUACUAUGCACAAAUUGCACAAUAACCACAUGACCACACUCACGCCCAUUUCAUGUCUGCUUUGCUCUGCUUGUCAGUGCUUGGCUAGAGCAGACCGACAUGGCUCACUCUCUCAUCUGACUAAGUCAAGAUGGUGAGUUUGGUGACAGCUAAAAAAUGGGCUACCUGGACAACAAUAGCUGUCUUUUUCUUAAGUGGAGGAAUGGAAUAUAGUGUUAUUCUUCCUACGUGUUGGGACUACAUGCACGAAGAGUUUGGAGCGCAGAAGUGGCUGUAUGGUCUCACAAUCUCAGCAAUGAGCAUAUCCAACUUGUUAAUUGGUCCUAUCAUGGGUGCAAUCUAUGACAAGACACACCAAACGAAGAUUCUUGUCUUAUUUCUUAACCUUUUUGAAAUUGGAGGUAACCUCCUGUAUUUUGCUGCAAAAUCGAAAUAUACCAUUCUUGCCAGCCGUUUUCUUACAGGUGUUGGAUGGAGUGCUGGGACUGUAAUAUUUGGAGACUUGGCACGAACCUCUUUAAAAAAUAAAAGAGCAACUAUAUAUUCUGUCAUUAUGAGUCUCAGACAAUUUGGUAUUGUACUUGGGCCAGCAAUGAAUGUUAUUUUCAGAAAAUUCAACUCUAAGAUAGGGAAAUACCCUGUAAAUAAAUAUACUCUACCAGGGUUAUUUAUGGCAGCUGUGUGGUUAAUUUUAGAAGUUAUGUUUAUAUUUGCUUUUUAUCAGCAGCCACCAAUAGGAGAACUUGAGGAGCAACAUGAAGGAAUACAAAAAGAAAAGAGAAAAUUUUCACAAAAUGACGAUACAAAAUCUGAUUAUACAAAACCUGAUUAUACAAAACCUGACUAUGAUCAUUUCAACCGACGUGCCAUUAAUACAGAAGCCACACCGCUGCUGAUCAAACGCACUAACUGGAGCAUUAGUAAAAAAUUAAGGAGUUUUGUUUGGAUGACGAGUAGUCUCAUUUACGAAGAAUUAGUUCUCUUACUGAGUCUUUUCUAUGUAGUUAUUUUCAUGGACUGUGCAAUGCAGGCCGCUUUUAAUCCUAUGGCAGAAUCAAUACUUGGUUGGAAAGAUUUCGAAAAUUCCAUAUUUUUUGCAGUUCAAGCUGGAAUAAAUAUUUUCUCUUUAGUGUUAGUAUUAGUGUUGUACAGAAAGACAAAGAUACCAGACAUUUAUUAUAUUAUUUUUGGUGUGACUGUUCUGCUAAUGUCUGACAUUUGGAUAUUAGGCUUUUUUGGUCGUGGACAUACAUCAAGUAGCAACGUUUCACUCAACGUGUUUGAAUUUACUUUUAGUUUUGGUCUCAUUGCUACUGCACUUCCUUUCUCUUGGGUAGUAGGAGCUUCUUUGUAUUCAAAACUCUUGCCCAUGGACAUUCAAGGUUAUGGACAAGGUGUUAGACGGUCCAUGGAGUCCUUAGCUGCUAUUAUUGGUCCACUUUGGUCAGGAACACUGUCUGAUACUGAUCCUAAUUACUACCUGUUUUUCUCUCUCCCUUCCUUUCUAUUAUUGUUUGUUCUGAUUCUUUUAUUGGCCUCAUUCAAAAGAAUAAAAAGUCAUAGAAACAAAAUUGCAGCAUCAUGAAUUUUAUCUAUUUAUAUUAUUGUUUUUAUUCAAUCAUAAUUGUGUUACCACA